AUGGUGAAGAUUGUCAAGAAACGCCUUGAAAGAAAUCCUCGACGCAGUGCAACGAAAUUGGCGAAGGAUCUCAACAUAUCGGAUCGAAGUAUCCGUCGGAUCCUGAAAGAUAAACUUCAGACCAAGCCCUACAAGAUCCAGAAGAUUCAAGACCUUUCAGUAAAGCAGAAACAGGAACGGGUAAAAAGAGCAAAGUCACUGCUGAAGAAGGCCGCGGAAGGAGAGUUCGAGAAUAUCUUGUUUACUGACGAGAAACUCUUCACCGUGCAGCAGUUUGUGAAUAAGCAGAACCAUAGAGUAUGGUUGCCUAAAAGAUCACGAACCCGUGCCGACGUGCUGACGGCUACCAGGCGACAGAAACCAGCAUCGGUGAUGGUUUGGGCUGGAAUCACCCGAGAUGGCCGGACUCCGCUGGUUUUUGUCUCUGAAGGAGUUAAGAUCAACCAAAAUACGUAUCGGGAACUAGUUCUACAGAACGUCGUCGAUCCCGUGGCCUACGUGAAGAGCUCCAAGGUAAAUCCGAAGCUGUUCAAAUCCGUUGCGAUAAUCUCGGCGCUGUGCAUUUGGUGA